GUGCAGUUUUAGUGCAGCUGUUAUCUCACGCGAACCGAUCCAAAUUUUUAUUCCGCUAUAAUCUCCGUGCUGCUGCCGGGAGCAUACUCUGCUAAAAUUUUGGGAUAACAUCUAAACAAGCUAUACAACCCUUAGCUAUAGAUAUAAACUUUUUGUGGAUAUAAAAAUUAUAAAACGGUUCAAGGAUGGCCAAAAUGGACACACAACUGGUGUGGGCCCGUGAUCCAAUCGAGGGCUACAUCCAAUGCCGAAUCGAGAGUAUUGGCACCAAGGAAUUCGAUGUUUCACCGAUAAAUACAAAAUUUCCAAAACGUGUCUGUGCAGUCGAUGAUAUAUUUUCAUCGUGUGAUGGACCACAAGAUCAUGACGAUAAUUGUGAAUUGAUGCUCCUCAAUGAGGCCACAUUCCUUGACAACUUAAAGACUAGAUAUUAUAAGGAUAAAAUCUACACAUACGUUGCCAACAUUCUUAUUGCUGUAAAUCCAUACCGGGAGUUAAAAGAUCUUUACGCAUCUUCAACCAUCAAACAGUACAAUGGCAGGUCGAUUGGAGAACUUCCGCCACAUGUGUUUGCUAUUGCCGACAAAGCAAUACGUGAUAUGCGUGUCCUCAAAGCAUCACAAUCCAUCAUCGUGUCUGGUGAGUCAGGAGCUGGUAAAACAGAAUCGACAAAAUAUUUGCUCAAAUAUCUUUGCCACUCGUUGGAUAGUGCUGGACCAAUAGAACAAAAAAUCUUGGAUGCCAAUCCUGUGUUGGAAGCAUUUGGUAAUGCAAAAACAACACGCAAUAAUAACAGUUCCCGAUUUGGUAAAUUCAUUGAAGUACAUUAUGAUUCCAAGUGUCAAGUUGUCGGAGGUUAUAUUUCUCAUUAUUUAUUGGAAAAGAGCCGAAUAUGUACUCAAAGCUCUGAAGAACGUAACUAUCAUGUGUUCUAUAUGCUCUUGGCUGGAGCUCCUCAACAACUGCGUGAUAGAUUAGGGCUUGGCAAGCCAGAUGAUUAUAGAUACCUCUCUGGUUGUACUCAAUACUUUGCUAAAGCUAAAACUGAAAAACUCAUUCCAUCAUCGCAAAAAUCUCGCGAUCACAACUCGAAAGGUCCAUUGAAAGAUCCCAUUAUUGAUGACUACGAACACUUUCAAGCAUUGGACAAUGCUCUUGGUCGUCUGGGUCUAAGCGGAGAUAGUAAAUUGGAAAUAUACUCUCUAGUAGCUGCUGUCCUUCAUUUGGGAAAUAUUGCAUUCGAAGAAAUUCCCGAUGAUGCUCGUGGCGGCUGCCAGGUUUCACAAUCAUCAGAAAAAUCAUUGACCGUUACUUCAAAAUUGCUCGGUGUUGAUCCGUUUGAGCUGCGUCAAGCUUUGGUAUCCAGAGUUAUGCAAAGCAAAGGAGGUGGUAUUAAGGGAACUGUUAUUAUGGUACCUUUGAAGAUCUACGAAGCUAGUAAUGCACGAGAUGCACUUGCUAAAGCUAUCUACAGUCGAGUCUUUGAUCGCAUUGUAUUUCUCAUCAAUCAGAGUAUUCCUUUCAAAGCUUCAAGCUAUUACAUCGGUGUACUCGAUAUUGCUGGUUUUGAGUACUUCACAGUGAAUUCAUUUGAACAAUUCUGCAUUAAUUAUUGCAAUGAAAAAUUACAAAAGUUCUUCAACGAUAACAUUCUCAAGAACGAACAAGAAUUAUAUAAACGAGAAGGUUUGAAUGUUCCUGAAAUUCAAUUUACUGAUAAUCAGGAUAUAAUUGAAUUGAUUGAGUCCAAGGCAAAUGGUAUUUACACAUUGCUGGAUGAGGAGAGUAAAUUGCCGAAACCUUCAGCUAUGCAUUUUACUGAUGAAGUUCAUAAAGCUUGGCCAGGACAUUUUCGUUUAGGAUUUCCACGCUCUUCACGGUUAAAAGCACAUAGAACUCUUCGUGAUGAGGAGGGUUUCCUGGUGAGACAUUUUGCUGGAGCUGUGUGCUAUAAAACGGAACAAUUUAUCGAGAAGAACAACGAUGCUUUGCAUGCUUCGCUCGAGGGACUCGUCCAGGAAUGUGAAAAUCCUCUGCUUAAGUCGCUUUUCCCAUCUGGUAGCAAUAUUUCCCGCGGAAAACUCAAUUUCAUAUCCGUUGGAUCCAAAUUUAAGACACAACUUGCUGAACUUAUGGAAAAGCUUGAAAAGAAUGGUACAAACUUUAUUCGUUGCAUCAAACCGAACAGCAAAAUGAUUGAUCGUGACUUCGAGGGAGGUCUCGCUUUGGGUCAACUCAAAUGUUCUGGUACAAUUUCAGUACUAGAACUUAUGGAACAUGGUUAUCCAUCACGUGUACCAUUUGCCGAUUUGUAUAACAUGUACAAAUCCUAUCUUCCUCCUGAGCUAGCCAAAUUAGCUCCCAGAACUUUUUGUGAAGCUAUGUUGCAAUCACUGAAUUUAAGUUCGAAAGACUUUAAGUUCGGUAUAACGAGAGUGUUCUUUAGACCUGGAAAGUUUAUAGAAUUUGAUCGAAUUAUGAAAUCUGAUCCAGAAAAUCUUAAAGCAAUUGUCGCAAAGGUUAAGAAAUGGUUGAUUCGUUCCAGAUGGGUAAAGUCUACUUUGGGAGCUGUUUGUGUUAUUAAAUUAAAGAAUCGUAUUAAAUAUCGUAACAAAUGUGUGCUUGUCAUACAGAAAGUUGUUCGCGGCUAUUUAGCAAGGAAACAACAUCGUCCAAGACUUCAUGGAAUUACUAAAAUCAAUAAUAUUCGUUCGAGUGCAGCAAAGACUGUUGAUAUUGCAAACCAACUUAAGGCUGGCAAAGAGGGUAUCAUAAGUGAAGUAAACUCUCUUGAAACACAAAUUGAUGAUGCAAUUAAGAAAAUUAGGGCAAAUCCGAAAAUCAAGGCGAAAGAAAUUGAUGAUCUUAUGAAUAAAAUCACUGGCAAUAUGAAUAAGCUUACAGUGGCUUUGAAUAGCAAAUUGGAGGAACAAAAGCAAGCUGAAGAGCAAGAAAGACUUAGAAAAAUUCAAGAAGCACUGGAAGCUGCACGUCGUGCAAAAGAAGAAGAAGAACGAAGAAAUCGUGAAGACGAGGAGAAUAAAAAACUUAAAACCGAAAUGGAAUCCCGUCGCAAGGCUGAAGAAAUCCAACGACUGAAACAAGAAGAAGAAGACCGUAGAGCUGCCCUUUCACUCCAAGCCCAAUUGCAAAAAGAAGCCGAAGACGAUGCCAAAUAUCGGCAACAAUUGGAACAAGAACGACGUGAUCAUGAAUUGGCUUUGCGAUUAGCUAGUGAAUCUAAUGGUCAGGUGGAUGAUAGCCCGCCCGUGAUCAGGAAUGGUCAAAGCGAAGUUUCGUCCAUGGGGCCAAACAAACUUAUCAGUUUUAGAGGAGUUACAAACUUCGUAUCGCAUUUUCAUCAAAAGUCAGAAAACGUUCGCGCUCAACAACAGCUCUUGGGCAAACAAAAAUACGAUUUGUCCAAGUGGAAGUAUUCUGAAUUGCGUGACGCCAUUAACACUUCCUGUGAUAUUGAAUUGCUUGAGGCAUGCCGACAUGAAUUCCAUCGUCGCUUGAAGGUAUAUCAUGCCUGGAAGGCAAAGAACCGCAAACGCACUACAAUGGAUGAAAAUGAACGAGCUCCAAAAAGUGUGAUGGAAGCAGCUUUUAAAACUCCGCCACUAGUACAGCCCAAGCAAGAAAUAACAACUGCCCAACAUCGGUACUUCCGCAUACCAUUUAUGCGUGCCAAUGCACCAGAAAACACGAAACGUGGUUUAUGGUAUGCUCACUUUGAUGGCCAAUGGAUUGCCCGCCAAAUGGAACUGCAUGCUGAUAAAGCUCCCAUUCUUUUAGUUGCUGGUGUUGAUGAUAUGCAAAUGUGUGAAUUAAGCUUAGAAGAGACAGGACUCACCCGAAAACGUGGUGCCGAAAUCCUUGAACAUGAAUUCAAUCGAGAAUGGGAACGUAAUGGUGGCAAACCUUAUAAAAAUCUGGGUGCUAAUAACAACCAUUAAAUAAAUAAAAAAAAAAAAAGACAACCAUUCAUUGUCACAUUCAUCAUCGCAAAGACUUUUGUUAUUAAUUUUUUGGGUUUCAAAUCGAAUUUUAAAUUUUAUACGUUUUUUCUUUCUUAAAAACAUAAAUUAAAUCGCAGCAAACAGAAAUUUUUCAGCUCUAAAAAUCCAGUUAAAGUGCCUUUAAGUUCCCACACAUUUUAUACCAGUUUUGUCCAUUUCGACCAGUUUUACAUAGUUUUCUGUUUCUGCGAAGUUUAAAAAAAAUCUAUUUCUAUAAUUUAAAAAAAAAUAUGUAAGAGUAGGUUAAAACAAUAAAAAUAAAAAAAAAAAUUAAUCACAGUAUUGAAAUUAAAACUAACUGAAUUCCAUAAAUACAUUCCUUAUGUAUUUUGCAAAAUUAUUAAUAUACCAUAAUAUACAAAAUUUAAUAAUAAAUGUUAUUUCCAACUGUUUAAAAACAUACCAAUUUAUAUGUAUGCAUUUAUAUACAGUAAA